CUCGCUCUUUCUCUUUCUAUUUCUCUCUGAGCUGAGACUGGCUCUCCUCUCUCAUCGUCUCUACAGUGCAGGAUGGUGGGCGUGUACUGUUAACUACAACAACCCACCUCGUGAAUAUUAUCAAGGUGCUAUUAUUUUCCCUCAUCAAAAUUAUUUUCCGUCCUGGGCUUUGCGCCCUAGUGGUGCUAUGGGGUUUUCUACGUCACCAGGGAGAAACUGUGCGAAAACAAUGCUCCUCCGCCAGAAACCAUCUCCUCCACCGGAGAGCAAUCGGGUAGAUUAGACUUCUAUUCUACCGCUCUCACCGUCCGGCGACCUCCACAAUAGCCAGCUAAAGAGAGCGGGGCAGAAGAGGGAUGCAGUAGGACUGCCACAUUGGGCUGCCAUCUCCAUCGCCUUCAGAUCACACGGGACUAGAGGGAGCCUAGUCUCGUCUGUUUGUUUUUCUAUUGAGGUCCAGACUGCAACUUUCCCCAGGGUACGGUCCUGAUGGCUGGACACGAGUGGGAGAAUAAGGACUGGUUCGAACGGGAGGAAUUUAUCGGACAGAUCAGCGACAUCCGAGUGCAGAAUCUUCAAGUUGAAAGAGAGGUCGUUCAGAAGAGGACCUUCACACGAUGGAUGAAUCUGCAUUUGGAGAAGUGCACUCCUCCGAUGGAGGUGAAUGACCUGUUCAGAGAUAUCCAGGAUGGAAGGAUACUCAUGGCCCUGCUGGAGGAACUGUCUGGAUGCAAGCUGCUUCAUGGAUGGAAGCAGUCCUCACAUCGUAUCUUCAGACUGAACAACAUCGCUAAGGUCCUUACCUUCCUGGAGGAGAGAAAUGUGAAGCUGGUUAGUAUUGACGCUGCAGAUGUUGCCGAUGGCAACUCUUCCAUCGUUCUUGGACUCAUCUGGAAUAUCAUCCUGUUUUUCCAGAUCAAGGAGCUGACAGGGAACAUUAAGAGUCAGUUCCCCUCGUCCUCUAGCCUCUCCUCGCUCCCCACCAGCUCAGACUCCGACACCUCCCACUCCAGCCCGCCCUCCUUCGAGAGACCGCGCUCCAUCGCCAUGAGGGAUCAUGGGAAGCCCAUCAAGACGCUCCUGCAGUGGGUCCAGAGACGAACCCGGAAGUACGGUGUGGCGGUGCAGGACUUUGGGAAGAGCUGGACCAGUGGGCUAGCCUUCCUGGCUGUCAUUAAGUCUAUAGACCCCAGCCUGGUGGACAUGAGGAGAGCUCUGCUGAGGACAGCCAGGGAGAACCUAGAGGAGGCCUUCAGGACAGCCCACUACAGCCUGGGCAUACCCAGACUACUGGAUCCAGAGGACGUGACCAUCAACCCUCCAGACGAGCAGUCCAUCAUGACCUAUGUGUCCCAGUUCCUCGAGCACUUUCCUGGGAAGGAGGAGCCCCAGGAAAAUGCAUCUGAUGUGAUACAGAGGAGUGUGUCGUCGGGCAGACUCAGCUGUCGUGUCAACGACUCCUCCCACGACCUGAGGAACGGCGUCCACCGGAGCCGGGACAGAGAGAGGCCCUACAUGGUCCGGAGAGACUGGGUCCAGCCUCCGCCCAAAAUCUUAAUCUCCUCCGUCUCUGAGGAUCUCAAGUCUCCUACUUCCCCGGUCGCAGUGGAGCGCUCCUGGGUCAACGAGGGCUCGUCGGUUGGGUCCACCCCCAGCCCUGUCUUCACUGUCUCCACCUCCAGCUCCCCGCAGCCCUCCUUCGUCGACUCGGUCAUCGGCUCUGUGUCUUGCGACUCACCAAUCAGUGACUCUGUCAUCGGUUCACCAGACUCCUGCUGGGAGGGCCAUCCAAACGAGGCAGUGACUCCAGACAGGUUCGUGGAGAGCCGUAGCGAUGGGUCGCUAUGCGACAGCGGGCUAUCCUGGGACAUGAGCAUCCCUCCCUCUACCCCCCACGGGGUCACGCCUGACCUGGAGGAACCGUUGCCCUCGGUUAUGGGGCUGACAGGGAAACCCCAGGAUGGGGAGAUGUUUGUUGACGAGGAAAACUACUCUCUAAACUCGUUGGAGAUUGAGGUGAGAGGGGGCUCUGAUGGAUCAGACCCCCAGGAACGGUGCUCCAUGCUGGGUGAGCAGACGGUGGGAGACGGUGCUGUGGUGGAGGUGGAGACCCACCGUGGGCCUGCUGAGAGCAGUGAUCUCACCAUGACUGACAAGGAGAGGCCUGGCUCUGCUGCUGCUGCCAGAGAAAGCAACGAGACCGUGAGGAACGCUGACAGUGAUGGAGCCCUAGAUGAUCAGUGUUCUAUGUGUUUUACUCCUCUCCCCAAGAGGAAGAACAAUGGCUCCAAUGAGAACGCCAAUCAGAAAAGUUUGGCAUCCAGCCUAACUCACUGUACCAAGUCUGACACCAGCUGGAAUAAGAUACAGAUUCCAACGUCAUUGACAGAGUACUACGUUCUCCUGCUGCUGUGGCUGGUCCUCUACUGUCUGUUGGUGCUGCCACAGAUCCACUACAGAGACCUGCCACGCCUUCUGCUCAACCUGGGCAAAUGAACACACACAAACGUCAUGUACAUGUCACACACACGACACAUACACAAGCACGUACACACAUACACACACUCAUUCUCACAGGCAUGCAUACACACACACACACUCAUUCUCACAGGCAUGCACACACACACUUUGCUAUCUUCUCCAGUCAACAUUGUCCCUCAUUCAUAUCGGCCCUUAACCUUUUCCUUUCAACACAUUUCAUAUCGACAGCAAAUUAAGGCUUUUUUUUAUUCCAGAAUAAUUUAAAGGUUUUUAAAGAUUCUGCUCUUUGGCUUUUAAUGUGGCUUGAACUGAUAUGCUUACAUUGUAAAGACAAAGCUAUAACUAUGUAUGUUUCUCUGAGUUUAUUGAUGUACAAAGAGAGAAGUCUUGUAAGAGUCUGUAGGAUUGUACAGAACACAUUAUUUUAAAUGUUUUGUUUUCUGCAAAGCGUUUGAAUACAGUUUAUGAAGCUUUGCAGUGGGCCAAUGUAUGUAAAUGUUGUGGAAAAACAUGUUUCAGAUUCAUCCCUUUAUGUCAUUUUAGAAUUUACACACCGUUUGAUAAGAAAAAAUAAGAAAAUGUGUGGUAUUUCACAGACGCACAAAUAUCACAUCCAAGACAUGCUAACCUCUCACCAUUACAAUAGCAAGGUAGGUUAGCAUUUUCUAUCAUACAUCCAAGACAUGCUAACCUCUCACCAUUACAAUAGCAAGGUAGGGUAGCAUUUUCUAUCAUACCUCCAAGACAUGCAAACCUCUCACCAUUACAAUAGCAAGGUAGGUUAGCAUUUUCUAUCAUACCUCCAAGACAUGCUAACCUCUCACCAUUACAAUAGCAAGGUAGGUUAGCAUUUUCUAUCAUACCUUCAAGACAUGCUAACCUCUCACCAUUACAAUAGCAAGGUAGAUUAGCAUUUUCUGGGGGGUAUGAUAUUUGUGCGUCUGUAACUUUCUCACUCAUCAUUAUUCACAAUUCAUUCAAGACUAUCUGUAAUCAUGGUAGCAUCCACAUUAAUGUAGAAGUGUUUAGAAACCUAUUCUGUAAUGAUUUACAAUAAAAGUGACUCCAAAUGACACAACACAUUAUUUACCAUUAAUUUCUAUUGGGUGCAAAGUCAUCUGAAACACAACCAAAACAAACAGAAAAUGCUUGAUGUAAUCACUGUGUGCUAGGAAUAUGGGACCAAAUACUCUACUUUUGUCAACUUUAAUACACAUAUAAGUACAUUUGUCCCAAUACUUUUGGUCCCCUAAAAUGGGGGUACUAUGUAAAAAAAAAAGUGCUGUAAUUUCUAAACGGUUCACCCAGUAUGGAUAAAAAUGCUCAAAUUAAAGCUGACAGUCUGCACCUUAACCUCAUAGUCAUUGUAUAAUUUCAAAUCCAAAGUGCUGGACUACAAAGCAAAACAACAACAAAAAAUGUCACUGUCCCAAUACUUUUGGAGCUCACUGUAUUUACACAUUUGAGAUAAAGCACAAAUUUCAUUGGAUGAUGAACCUCUAGAAGGUAAUACUUGUCUUACAAGAAUCUCUCAGUGGAUUCUGCAGAGGCUUGAGAGGGUGUCAGUUGUGAGGCUUGGAGGGUGUCAGUUGUGAGGCUUGGAGGGUGUCAGUUGAGAGGCUUGGACGGUGUCAGUUGAGAGGCUUGGAGGGUGUCAGUUGUGAGGCGUGGAGGGUGUCAGUUGUGAGGCUUGGAGGGUGUCAGUUGUGAGGCGUGGAGGGUGUCAGUUGUGAGGCUUGGAGGGUAUCAGUUGAGAGGCUUGGAUGGUGUCAGUUGAGAGGCUUGGAGGGUGUCAGUUGAGAGGCUUGGAGGAUGUCAGUUGUGAGGUGUGGAGUGUGCCAGUUGUGAGGCGUGGAGUGUGUCAGUUGUGAGGCGUGGAGUGUGUCAGUUGUGAGGCGUGGAGUGUGUCAGUUGUGAGGCGUGGAGUGUGCCAGUUGUGAGGCGUGGAGUGUGCCAGUUGUGAGGCGUGGAGUGUGCCAGUUGUGAGGUGUGGAGUGUGUCAGUUGUGAGGCGUGGAGUGUGCCAGUUGUGAGGCGUGGAGUGUGUCAGUUGUGAGGCGUGGAGUGUGUCAGUUGUGAGGCGUGGAGUGUGUCAGUUGUGAGGCGUGGAGUGUGCCAGUUGUGAGGCGUGGAGUGUGUCAGUUGUGAGGCGUGGAGUGUGUCAGUUAUGAGGCGUGGAGUGUGUCAGUUGUGAGGCGUGGAGUGUGUCAGUUGAACUUUUUGAAACACAGUGUGUGAACUGCCAAAGAUACAGUGUUUGGAAUGCUGAAUAUAGAAUAGUCAAAUAACCACUAUAAGUUAACACACAGAGGAACUAGUUAUGAAGUGACAAUAUUGGUUUACUAAUAAUAUGUUAGUCUUAUAUUUUAAGGAUUUUAAGAACGCUGAAGCAUAUCACUCUUUGUCAUGUCUAAGGAUACGUUGGAAGUACAGUAUAUUAAGGCAUUUUUGAAGUUUAAUGAUUCAUUCCGUUAAAUAGUUAUGUUUGUAUGCCUGUGGGUUGUUUUUUAAACUGCUGUGAUUGAUUCAGCUGUGCUUGAGCUUGUAAAAGUCCUUUUAAUAAAACGAGAAUGGUUUAUGAUGAA